AACCGUAAAAUCUUGGGAUAUAAAGAAUGAAUUCUAUAUACAUAAAUAUGUAUAUUUUUUCCCUUCGGAAAAGAGUGUCCCUUUGGUCAUUUUCCGCAAUCGCCACAAUUGUAUGUAAUUGUGCCUAAAACGCAACAGUAAACGUCAGUCAGCAGAAGAUGGCGAACUCCGACGAAGCAAAUCUUGAACUUUUUCUCCAAUGGCUACAGGUUAAUGGAGCAGACCUUCGAGGUUGCACGAUCAAGUACAGUGAUUUGAGCAAAGGGUGUGGACUUUUUUCUGCAAACGAUGCCUCUGAUGGGGUUCUAUUAGUUGUUCCCCUAGAUCUAGCAAUCACUCCAAUGAGAGUUUUGCAAGAUCCUCUUUAUGGACCAGAGUGUAGAGCAAUGUAUGAAGAAGGUGAAGUAGAUGAUAGAUUUUUGAUGAUUUUGUUCCUCAUGGUUGAGCGGCUGCGUGAAAAUUCUUCAUGGAAACCGUACCUUGAUGUGCUUCCUACAAGAUUUGGGAAUCCACUUUGGUUUACUGAUAACGAGCUCUUGGAACUGAAGGGUACCACACUUUAUCGAGCAACUGAAUUACAGAAAAAUUCACUGCAGUCAUUGUAUGAAAAUAAAGUGAAGAAAUUGGUUAGUAGAUUGUUGACUCUUGAAGGGUUUUCAGGAAGGGAGGUGAGCUUUGAAGAUUUCCUAUGGGCAAAUUCCAUUUUCUGGGCACGUGCCUUGAACAUUCCAAUGCCGCAUGAUUAUGUAUUUCCUAAAAUUCAAGAAGAGGUUGGAAGUGACUCCUUGAUAGAAGAAACUGCUGAGGUUUCAACUUCUGCUGUCUGUGAUGUGCAGUUGGCUUGCACUAAGAAUGAAGAUGGGUGCGAAGAUCUUCGGAUGAUUGAUAGCGCAGCUACUGGAGAAACAUUUGGGUCUUUAAAACAAGAAACUGUCUGGGUGGAGGGUCUUGUUCCUGGUGUUGACUUUUGCAAUCAUGAUCUGAAAGCAACAGCAACAUGGGAAGUUGAUGGAAUAGGGUCCACUACUGGAGUUCCUUUCUCAAUGUACCUCCUCUCUGCUUUAAUCCUUGAUAUAUCUGGAAAAGCUGUUUCAAGGUCAUCCGGAGUGGAGGAGGUUUCGAUCAGCUACGGUAACAAGGGGAAUGAGGAGCUCCUUUAUCUUUACGGAUUUGUCAUGGAAGAUAAUCCAGAUGAUUAUCUCAUGGUACACUAUCCUUUAGAAGCAAUCCAGAAUGCUUCCUUUUCCGAUUCGAAGUUACAGCUGCUUGAAUUACAGAAGGCUGAAAUGCGGUGUCUUUUACCAAGAAGGUUGCUGGAUCAUGGAUUUCACCCACCAAAAACCUCAAAUAUCAAAGAAAAUGUUGACUGCAGCAACAGAGCUUGCAAUUACAGCUGGAGUGGUCAGCGCAAGCUACCUUCUUACUUGGACAAGCUGAUAUUCCCUGAGAAAUUUUUAACUGCAUUGAGAACUAUAUCAAUGGAGGAGGACGAGCUUAUGCAGGUUUCCUCUUUACUGGCAGAGAUUGUAGGACCUGAAGAGGAUAGGCAGCCCACUGACACUGACGUCCAAGCUGCAGUCUGGGAGGCUUGUGGUGACUCUGGAGCUUUGCAAUUGCUUGUUGAUCUUCUUCAAAAGAAGAUGAUGGAUCUUGAAGAAGGCACCGGAACUCUGGACAGUGACACUAAGCUGCUAAAAGAGGCCCAAGUGACUGAAAGCGUGAACGCAAAUGGCUUGUGUCAGGAUUCUGCUAGAUUAUUAGACGACAAGAAGCCGCAAAACUUGAUGAGCAGGAACCAAUGGUGUAGCAUUGUUUAUCGCCAUGGUCAGAAGGAACUAACCAGUCUUUUUCUGAAGGAGGCAGAACAUGCUUUGCAUUUGUCAUUAAGUGAGGAAAACUGAACACCACUUUAACAACUCUCUCUAGCACAGUUUUGCAUGUAGUUAUAGGUUUCAUCUGUUUCUUUGUAAUUUAAAUGCAUGGGAUUUUUUUCCCUUGAUCAUCUUUAGUAAUUUUAUGCUUGUGAAAUUUACUUUCAUGCAUUUCAAAAUAAAAAAUCUCCUCCAAAAUUACUGGCCAUAUUUAUAAUGUCAAGGUUUAGUUUGUGUCCCCAUUGA